CUACGAUACCGUCUGUUGAGAAGGAUUAUUAGGACCGUCACUCCGGUAAUCAUGCCUUUACAUGGAUAGCGAUUACGGCACCUCAUGGCGAUCUCUGUCCUCCGGUCACGGCUUGUUAAUCAUUACAGACUACGAACUAGUUGCACUUAUUCUCAACGAGAGGGCUCUGUUAGCUUCUUAGGUGCAAGCGGUCUAACUUUCGGCACUUUCGAGCGCAAAAGCCGGCGUCAAAGCCUUCCAGCGAUGCAGCAGCUAUCAGUUAGAACUGAUCACACAACUGCCUGGCCUUCUAGCCUCCGAAAUCGGCGAACUUACAUCGGGCAUGUGUCGCGCAAGGCUCCGGGUCCUUACCGGGGUGCAGCGCGGCAACUGCGGGUAGCACAGGUUGAGCAGCAAGCGUCUGUCGGUAAACCGUCCGAGCAAGCCAUACCUCUCAGCCCUAGCCAGGCUCAGGCGCGAAAGACACAGUUGGCUGGCGAGCUUCCUCGGACGCUGUGCGACAUUUGGGUCCGCAAUGCCGAGUUGUAUGGCGACCUCCUCGCUCUUCGUGACCCGCACCACCAGGGAAGCCCCGAGCUGACGUUCAGGCAACUGUACGACACCAUGCAAGACUUUGCUGCCGGCCUGGCCGAGCUGGGCCUCCGCCAGUACGACAAGGUGGCCCUCUUCAGCGAGAACUCCAAUCGCUGGAUGAUCUCCGACGGCGCCGUCAUGAGCUGCGGUGCUGCGGUGGCGGUGCGGGGCGCCACCGCCCCUUCCGAGGAGCUGCUCUACAUCUGCGGGCACAGCGAGGCGACGGGGAUGCUGGUGCAGGACGGGGCGUCGCUGGGCAGGAUCACGAAGGCGGCUGCGGAACAUGAGCAGAAGCAGGAGGGCAACCCGCUUGCGGCGCUUCGCUUCGUGGUAGUGCUGUGGGGCGAGACGACACCCGCGCAGACGGAGGGGCUGCCUUGCCCCGUGCUGUCGUACAGCUCAGUGCUGGAGAGCGGUGCGGCGGUGCGGCGGAGCGGCGGGUUCACGCCGGCUGACGUGGCGCCGGGGGACCUGGCCUCUCUGGUGUACACGUCGGGAACCACGGGGCAUCCCAAGGGCGUCAUGCUGAUGCAUUCCAACCUGGCGUACCAGGCCGGCGGUCUGCAGUACUUCUUUCCCGUGCAACCUGGUGACCGGGUACUGAGCAUGCUGCCGCCCUGGCACAUCUACGAGCGCGCGGUGGCGUACCACUACCUGUACCGAGGUGCCCACCUGGUGUACACCAACAUCCGGAAGGUGCACCACGACAUCGCCACCUUCCAGCCCGACCACUUCUCAACCGUACCUCUCAUCCUGGAUUCCCUGUAUUCGCGGGUGAGGCACAAGCUGGCGUCAGGGCCGCAGCACGAGGUCGCCAUUACCUCGGCGCUGCUGUCGGCCGGAGUCGCCUACGUGCGCGCCAGGCGGAUCGUGAAGGGCAUUUCCCUGCAGCACGCGCUGCCGGCUGGGAAUGAUGAAGAGGGUGCGGAGGCGGCGGCUGGAGCCGGGAAGGGAAGCGCGGCUGGUGGUGGUGUGGUUUCGUUGCUGCGGCGUUUCUCGCAGGUGGUGGGGGCGGCGGUGCUGAUGGCGCUGCUGGCGCCCCUGCAUGCGCUGGCGGGUGUGCUGGUGUACGGAAAGGUCCGCGCCGCCCUGGGGGUGCGCAAGACGUUCACCAGCGGCGGGGGCUCCCUGGCUGCGCACCUGGAUGACUUCUUCGAAGCCGUGGGGCUGACGCUGUGCAACGUGUGGGGACUCACCGAGACCUCGCCCAUGCUGGCGUGCAGGCGGGCGCAGCCGCCCGAGCAUAACGUCCGUGGCACUGUGGGCCUGCCGAACCCCGGCACGGAGAUCCGGGUGGUCGACCCGGAGACGCUGCAGCCCCUGCCGGCGGGGCGGAAGGGGUUGGUUAUGGCGCGGGGCCCCGGCGUCAUGAAGGGGUACUACCGGAACGAGGAGGCAACGCAGAAAGCUUUCAGGGCAGGGGACGGCUGGUUCGAUACGGGUGACCUGGGCUUUAUCGUGCCCUCUGGCGUGCCCUUCUCCCGCUGCGACGGCAUGAUUGUGCUGAGCGGUCGCGCCAAAGACACGAUUGUGCUGAGCAGCGGCAAGAACGUGGAGCCGCAGCCCAUUGAGGACGCGGUGGUGGCCAGCAGGCUUGUCAAGCACAUGGUGCUGCUGGGGCAGGACAAGCGUGAGCUGGGAGCGCUGGUGUGGGCGGAUUACGAGGCCGUGGAGCAGAUUCUGGGUGGUAGUGGCGGUGCCGAUGGUAGCGGGGCUCCGGCUGAGGGAGCUGAGGGGCGUGUCGCCAUUUCGGAUGAGCAGCUGGAGUCGCGGCUGAUGGAGGAGGUCACCAGGCUGAACUCCGCUCGCACCGACUACGAGCACUACCACCACAUCGCGCACAUUGCCGUGGUGCGCGAACCGCUGAGUUUCGAGGCCGGCACGCUGACACGCAGCAUGAAGCUCAGGCGCCCCGAGAUUAUGAAGGUGCAUGCGAAGGACGUCGCCCAGCUGAUGGGCAGGCUGAGGGGCUGAGGGAGAGGGGGUAACCCGUUCAUGAAGAUUAACAUAUAUUAAUGGUUACGAUGGUGAGAAGUUGCAGGGGACGUAGCCAGCUCGCAGUUAGUCCGUUCUAGUCCCUUUGCUUGUGAUCGACAGCGCGAAACACCUCGUUGGAUGAACCAUGGGUCAUGGCACAAAGUGUGAUCCGGCGUCUAGUAAGUCGGCUUGUUGUCAUGAUCAGGUUGCAAGAAGAAUGAGCAUGUGCAAUGCGUUGGGUGGUUGGGAACUCGACGAAGAUAUGCCUUCCUUAUGCACCUCAUCCGGGCAUACAUUACCCAUGCAGGAGCCCAGAUUUUGAGCCAAACCUGGGUAUGGGGUUAUUUUAUCGCCAUUCCUCGUAAGCAUGCUUGGGAUGUGACUGUUCCUAGCCCCGCCGGUAUCAGGUGCAGUCAGUGGCAACCGUUGUGUUUUGCUUUGCCCUCGUCGUCUCUUCGUUGUGUUGAGUAUUGCUGCAAUACUUUGGAGGUUUGUUCUCUCCUUGGCUACCACCUCUCGUUGUCUACGUCUGCGUGAUUGUGCGUGAAUGAGGUGAAAUUGCUGCAGACUGCACUGUUGUCAUCGAGUACAAUUGGUCGACCAUAGCACACAUAACCUAUUAAUACAUGCGUGCGACAGUAAGGUUAGGGCACGGUCAUGGUAUUCAACAGGAUAGUACGGACAUUACAAGUCCUGUGAGGACAUCGCACAGGGGUCUCGGGGCGCUCAUUUCGAUACCCAGAGCACAUCAAUUGAGCAGCGCACGAGGCACC